CCACAAAUUCGAUUCCGAUAGAGCUGCCUCCUGCGCCGCCGUGCCGUGCCCGACUGUUCACACAACGUCACAGCUCUUCAACGCGAAUAGUCCCACCUCUCAAACUCCGAUCCAAAGCCCCUCGAAUCGACCGAUUAAAUAAUUACCUACACACUCCGAACACAAUGUCUGAGAAGCAGCCCCCCACCGUCGUCGAGGGCGCCACCGCCGGUGAUGUCGAGGAGGAGGUCCAGCCCGCAAAGUCAGCCGAGGACCGCAAGGCGGCGUCCGCCCUCGCCAGUCUCGAUGCCGGCGGCGACGAUUCAGGAAGCGGGCAGGUCGAUGUCGAUGCCGCGCAGAAGGCGAUCAAGGGUCUGGGUGGCGCCACCGCUGCCAAGAAAGAGGUGAAGAAUGUCAAGGUCGAUGCCGCCGACGUUGCGCUGCUGGUUGACGAACUGGAGCUCACCAAGCCCAAGGCGACGGAGCUGCUCAAGGCCAACGACGGCGAUGCGGUCAAGGCGAUGAAGGCGUACCUGCGCUCAUGAACGGUUCGAGGUGGUUGACGGCUGGCAUGGUUAUAGACUUCGGAGUAAAAGUUUUAGGUUACGUUUGUUCAGGCCCAGGAUUACACAUGUUAUUCAAUGAUCAGAUGACCAAUGUCUCGAGCUU